CUUUAUUUUCUCCCUUUUCGUGUGGCGUUUUGAAUACAUUUCGGGGGAAAAAGUUAAAUUUUUUAUUACAACUACUUAAAAAAUCAAUUAAAAAUGACAGAUGAGGAAAUUAUCAAGAAACGUCUCCUGAUUGAUGGAGAUGGCACAGGCGACGACCGGCGUCUUAAUAUGCUGUUGAAACAGUUCCUGAAGUGGAUGUAUUCAAAGAACGAUUCACCGGAAAACAACCAAAUUAUCUACGAUCGCUUGAUGGCCCAAUUAGCCCAAUGUCAGUUCGCUGCAGCCAAAACGGAACGAACCAGCCAAAUGAUUGACAAAGAAUUGGAAAACUAUCAGCAGCUAUCACAGACCAUUGAGAAAAACAUUGAAGCAGCCAAACAGGAGAUCGAAGAAAGCAAAAAAGAGCUAGUAACAGCCAAACAAAUACGUAAAAAUAAAAUGGAAUAUGACCAAUUGGCCAAGGUGAUUAAACAGCAGCCGGAUCGCAAGGAGACACAAAAACACAUCGAAUCAUUACAAAAGGAGUUGGCCGAAUUGAAUGAAAAGAAAAUGAAAUUGGAACGUAAAUUUGAAAAGAGACAAAAAGAUUUUUCUGUUCUCAUGUAUGCAGUGCGUGAGCUGGAAGCUCAAUUGGCGGAAGAUAGUUCCAGUGAUGAGGAAACUAGUAAAAGUGAUGAUGAAGAAAUUGUCGGUUCAGGAUCGAAUAAAUCAAAUGUUAUUAAUUUAACCUUACUCGAUGGUCUUAGUGAUGAUGAAGUUGAAUCUGGAUCGCAGUCUGGAAAAACUGGCCGUAGACGUGGUUUUAUGGAACGUGAUAUUGUGGAGAAAAUUGAAAUCAAAGACGAUGAUGAUGCCAAGAGCAUCAAGGAGCUCAUGUCCAUAGAUGAGGAUGUUGUUCUGGAGUUGAGUAUCGACAAGGAUGAUAAUGAUGUCAAAAUGGAUGACGUUGUUUUGUCAUCUUAGUGGGCGGGAUUGAAUUUACAAACUAAUUGUCCAUAAGUUUAGUAUUAGUGUGGUAAGCAAAUAUGUCAUUUAAAUAAAAAAAGAAGAUUUACAUAACGAA